AUGGUUGCCAAAGCGAGAAGCUUGCUGCAGUUCAUAUUUUCCGCUUCGUUUCUUGUCUUUGCCGCCACAGAAAACGAUUUGGACAGAAAAGUUGCUGUGCAGAUGAAGAUGAAGCCGGAAAUCGAUAUGAUGUGCAACUUUCCCCCCAACGACUGCUGCCCAAAAUGGAAUGGCCGAAACGCCACAGAAAGCGGUUCGUUUGUUGAGGACUUUCGUCAAGAUCUGAACCAAGAAAUCAACGGAAGUGAUGCUAGCGAAAGAAGUAGUUAUCGGAAUUACGAUACCAACUAUGAAAUCAAAGAUAUUUCGGACGUCUUCUUUCAAUACAAUUACAGCUAUCAGAAUAUACCGGCUAACCUGGCUCACAUCGGUACCCAGUUACUUGAUGCUGAAUCUGUUCGUUACUUUCGGGAUUACGACGACGAGGUUGUGUUUCUGGGUAAGGGUUCCUUUGGCGAAGUAUAUUUGGCAGAAAUGGUGGAAAGCAAGCAGGUAGUUGCGGUUAAACUUUUUCUAGAUUCCGAUUAUCUAGACAUCAUCUCCGAAGUAAUCAUAACCCAAUACCUUUCCGACACCGGGGUAAUUCCGAAAAUUCUUGGACUGCUUCCAACGGGCCCGAUGACCAGUAACCUUUCUCUGGUGCAAGAAUAUGUCAGCGGUAUGACGCUGGAAGAUCAUCUGAAUGAAGAAAACGAAACAACGCUGAUGCCAAUCAACUGGCUUAAUAUCUCAUUACAGCUAGCGGUUGGGUUACAAAAAAUUCACCAAAAGUAUGUGUUAUUAAACGAUAUUCACGAAGGUAACGUUCUCGUCGAACCUCCUCAUUUACGGGUGGUGUAUAUCGACAUGGGACACGCUACGUUUCGUUCUGGUUAUAAAUAUAACAACUAUAAUGGCUCCCUUUACACGUAUGAGCAUUUAGCACCAGAGCUUCGGAAAAGCCAACCAGGAACACCGGCUUCGGAUGUUUACAGUCUUGGUUCGCUCCUAAGCCGGAUCAGUAACAUAAGCCGCAUUGAGGAACUGGAGAAGCUUGCCAAUCAAUGUCUCCAAACUCAACCAGAAAUGCGCCCGACGCUAAGCGAUCUCGUCACUUCUUUGAAAGAUCUUUUCGAAAAGGAAAAACACAAGAUCGAACGAAAGAGAGUAAAGUUCCAGGAUUUUUCUAACAUAAAACCCAAUAAUUAUCCACCACUCAUACAUUACAAUGUGCCCAUACUGGGACCGGACGCCAUCACGGAUAUUCAGAACGGAACUAGCCAAGACGACGACUCGGAAAAUGGGGAAGCGGCUUCCAAUGACACUUUAGUUCCAAUGUAUAUCUACCUGGGUGGAACAAGAGCCAAAGUGCAUAUUGGAACACUAGUCCAUUGCAAAUGUGUCGUCAUGAUACGCGCUUAUGAAAAUGGAUCGUUUGAAAGGAUCCUCGAAGAAUCUCGGAUCUUACUCCAUUUGAAAGACACCGGGGCUGUUUUUCCAUUCCACGGUCUAUUGCCAACAGGGAACAUGUUGGAUGAAUUUGAAAUCGUCCAAUCUUACUUUGUUCCGAUGGUUUCAGUCGCGAACAUUUUCCAACGUUACUCUCUCCGGAUGACCGAUACGGAAAUCCUAGCUUUCUUUAUACAUAUUUCCGUCCAUUUAUUAGAAGUACAUCGAAAAAGGUGUUACUGA